AUGCCACAGAUAUCCUCCCUCGCAGCGCGGACGCGGAGAAUCAUCCCGGCAGCGGGAAACCGUCUCGCCCGCUUUUCCACAUCCUCGCGGAGCUACGACUAUGCCGACACGCUCCCUAACCUGAAGAUUGGCGCCCACACACGCGUACUGUUCCAGGGAUUCACAGGUACGAGCGCACCGACGGCUACGGCCAACGUGAAAGAAUCCCUAGCGUGGGGGACCAAAAUCGUAGGAGGCGUCAAACCCGGCGUCGAAGGUGAACACCUGGGACUCCCUGUCUUCCCUUCUGUGAAAGCCGCCCAGGAAAAAGCCAGACCCGAUGCGUCUGCAAUCUACGUCCCCGGGAACCAGACGGCUCAAGCCAUUGAAGAGGCCGUCGAGGCGGAGAUCCCCCUAGUCGUGGCGGUCGCCGAGCACGUCCCCAUCCACGACAUGCUCCGGAUCCACUCCAUGCUUAAAACGCAGUCCAAAACACGUCUGGUCGGGGCGAAUUGCCCCGGGAUCAUCUCCGCCAUUGGCAAGUGUCGCAUAGGAUUCCAGCCACUGCCCUGUUUUGCGCCAGGAAAAGUAGGCAUCGUUGCGAAGUCCGGCACGCUCAGCUAUGAGACGGUGGCGUCGACAACGCGGGCCGGUCUGGGACAGAGUCUUUGCAUUAGCAUGGGAGGCGACGUCCUCGCCGGAACGAACUUUGUGGAUGCGUUGAAAAUCUUCGAGGACGACCCCGAUACGGAGGGUAUGAUCAUUGUCGGGGAGAUUGGCGGCACGGCCGAGAUGGACGCGGCCGAGUGGAUCAAAGAUUACAACCGCAGGACCGCCAAUCCAAAACCCAUCAUGGCCCUUGUCGGCGGACUGUAUGCUCCUUCGGGACGUAUUAUGGGCCAUGCUGGCGCCUGGACCGCCAUUGGCGAGCCGGGCCCAGAAGAGAAAUACCAGGCGCUCGAGCGUGCCGGAGCUGUCAUGGUCAACCAUCCGGAGAAAUUCGGCGAACGCAUGAAGACGCUCUUGGCCAGUCGAUCUCGUGCUUCGGGUGCAGUAGCUACUUCCAAUGCCGCGGGUCAAAGACGGGGCCUGCAUACGAUGAGACGGGUUAUUCCACGGAGACAAGGAAUGUUUCCCCAGAAUCAGAAGCGGUCCCUCUUCGUCAAGCAGUUCCAAGCUCUCGAUAUGCUGAGGGAGAAGUCUAUUCCCGUCCGCGAGGCCACACCCGCAGAGUCCGAUAUCUACCUCAACCUCACUGUGGAUCGGACAGCCUUGUCGCCCUGUAUCCUUGCCUCAACAAGUGCCGACUUUACGCCAGCCGCGACCAGCCGGUUUCCGUUCCCCUAUGCCACGACACAGUUCACGGAUGGGGAGAAUUCAAUUGUGGAAGCAGUCGCAUCGCACCUGCAGCUCCCCCCAUCGGCGAAAGGAAGACUGGCCGAGCUGAUCCAAGCGCUGUGGGAGAUCUUCAAGGAGAAGGAAGCCUAUCUUCUGGAGGUCCGUACGAUUUCUGUGGAUGGUGCAUUCGAAGUGCGUGGAGCACGAUUUGGGUUCGACGACGCCGCAUUCCGCAGCUCCGGACGGCAAGAAGAGGUGCACCGUCUGCGCCAGCUGGAGGAGGAAGUCCACGAGGAGGUAGAAGCCGAGAAGGACGGCAUCGUUUACGUGAAACUCGACGGCGAGGGCAGCAUCGGAACCCUAGGUAAGAUACCCACGCCCUCCGUCCAGUUGCAUACUAAGACGAACAAACAGUGA